AUUCCUUCGUGGCGCCACUGGGCACAAGCAAUGUCGCUCAGUGAUGCUGUGCCCUGCAAAUCAUCGUGGUUGAGUGGCCUUCGUUGCCCCCUUGGAAAAACCGCCUAGUAGUACGUACGCUUCUUAGACACGGAUCAUGAUUGCUUCGCCGAGCCGUUGCGGCUUCAUCUCGACAAUAUGCCUUUUCCUCGCCGCCACGCUACUGCUGCCCUGUCUCGCCGCCGGCUAUGAACAGCAGAACAUCACCGAAACCCCCAACUACAAACUACUCCCUGGUGUCGCGUCGGUCCCAGCGCCCCUCUCUGUCGCGCCCGCCCAGGACUGGAUGGGAAUUGACGGCGCAUGGAACACGUUUUUCCUGCGCAUAGGCGACCCUGGCCAGUCUGUGCGAGUCCUGGUUUCCACCGCCAGCCAGCAGACCUGGGCCAUCAAUGCCCUUGCCUGCAUCGUCAACGUUACCGAUCCUACCACGGGCAACAUUACCAAAUUCAAUGUCAUGAAUUCAGACUGCCAGGAAAGCCGUGGCGCCUUGUACAACACCACUGUUUCCAAGACCUGGCAAAAGAAAGGAUACUACCAACUAUGGAUUGAAAAAAACCUGGGCCUCACAGGCAACGGCCUGUAUGGCUUUGACUCGGUCGGAUUGGGAAUGAGGGGCGACGCAGGCCCACCCGUCGCCAAUACAACAAUCGGCACCUUGGUCACAUCAAACUUCUGGCUCGGCCACAUUGGCGUGCAUGCGAAACCCACAAACUUUUCUUCAUUUGACGAUCCUGUUCCCAGUUAUAUCAUGGAUCUCUUCAACCAAAAAAGUAUCCCAAGUUUGUCAUUUGGGUACACAGCUGGCGCCCAGUACCGUGAUCAAACCAUUCUUGGAAGCCUUACGCUUGGCGGCUACGAUGCUUCUCGCCUUAUCCCUAAUGACCUCACCUUCAUCUUUGCGCCAGACAACGAGCGUGAGCUGGUCGUGGGUCUGGUUGGCUUGAGUGCCAGUACUGCAAACCAGAAAGACAUUGAUCUCUUGAAGGGCGGCGUUGUCACGCUGUUCAUUGAUUCGACUGUCGCAGAGCUCUACCUUCCCAUUUGGAUUUGCGAAGCCUUUGAAGAUGCGUUUGGAUUACGCUAUGACGAGGCCACAGAUCUCUACCUCGUGGACGAUGCUCUUCACCAAACCCUCUUAUCGCAAAACCCUAGCGUGACCUUCACCCUCGGACAACAGUUUAGCAGCAGUGCGACUGUGCAAAUUACCCUGCCUUAUGCUGCCUUUGACCUAGAGGCAUCCGCACCCUAUAGGGGACUGCAAGAAAAGACAAGAUACUUUCCCAUUCGACGAACCAAUGGGUCGGACAACUGGGUACUAGGGAGGACCUUUUUGCAAGAGGCGUAUUUGACAGUGGACUGGGAGCGCCAGAAUUUCACGGUAUCCGCUGUCGACUGGACGUUUGGAAAGGCGCCACAGUUACUCCCAAUUGUCUCACCUGCCUACUCGGUUGCUCGCCCAAAGGCGUCUCCAAACAAGCCCCUGUCCUCAACCGCAGUCAUUGGCCUUGCAGUGGGAGGAGGUUUUUUCUUUGCCUUGGUCAUGUGCGCCGUGGGGUUGUGGUUUUGGCGUCGACGCAAUCAACGAAGACUGAAGGCGAUUGAGGCGAAAUAUCAAGCCCAAGUUGCAGAAGCUGCCAAGAAUGUGGAAGAACCUUCGGCUUUGGCAACACGCAGCAGCACAGAGGGAAGGACAGUUGUUUCCAUGGCUGAGUUAUCCAGUGAUGCUCCUGAUAAUCAUCAUCAAGCUGGUUCGAACACGCAAGAGAAGGGACUGAUGAUGGUCAGUGAAGCUGACGGUGCUGAAAGACAAAUCUACGAGAUGCCUGGCGACAUGCCGGUCCGCCAGGAAGCCGACGGGCGCCAGCUAUCAGAGAAAGAGUCCAUGGUGAUACGCGAAAAGAUAUAUAACGGAGUGGAUCCGAGUGGAACACCAGAUGUGGCGCAGGAACCUCGACAGAGACUUGCACCCAUCUCUCCUUCCGAGGUUUCCAUGGUGAGCAGCCAGCUCCCACCCGGGAACGUGUCGCCCACCACCCCGCGAACGCCACGCGACGGUGCUCUCUUGGAGACUCCGAACCCAUUUCUGCAUCCGCCGCCAUACCGCCCACGCGACGGCAGGCGCACGGAGACUGAUGAGGCACUCAUCUCGCCGUUGGAAGAUUCAACGGACACGUCCCGGCGGCGGUUUUCUUAUGAAUCAUGAGCUGCAAAAGCUGAGCAAUUAGCGACAAAAAACACAUACACAUAUAUAUCACGACAGGAGUUUUGUUUGUUUGGCACACUUGGCUGUGCGUUUCUCCAAUUAGUGGUACGCGAUGCGGAUACUACCAGAGAAACGGCGUUAGGGGUUAUGGGGCAUACUUGAUACCUGCGUGAUUCGGGCAUGAGAAUGCGGAACACGCACAUGGAUGGAGGGAGGACAUUUGGAUGUGGUGGGCAAGGCCAGACUGUGCCGGUGAAUUUGGUGCUGUAUUUACAUAUACCCUUUGUUGUCUUUUUUUUCUUGAUACAGUAAUGCCAUACGAUGGGCGAGGCCCAUGCGCUUACGGACCAAAGCCGCCCAUGUCACUCCCGCACCUCGGCCCAUGAAGCAGGG